AUGGGCUGUGCUGCCAGCAUUGUUCUGCUCCAAGCCUUUCGUUCAGUGGUACAAAGGAAUUGUGUGCAUAUUUGUAGACGACGGCAAGAGGAAUUGUCACAUGAAAUCCUGCCUCUGGAGAGUGAUGAUGAAAUGAGCAGACCCAGAACUCUCAACAUUAUGCAGGAGAAACCUAAACUUUUGGAACCUUUGGAUUAUGAAACAGUAAUUGCAGAUAUUGAGAAGAAUGUUGAAAAUGAUCGUCUGAAAGACCUCUUUUUGUUCCCUGAAGAUGAUUUUUCAAUAGCCACAAUUCCCUGGGAAAUAAGAACACUGUACUCAUCAGUUCCUCAAGAUGCAGAACAAAAGGCAGAAUAUUUAUUUGUUAAAGAGGCAUGUGAAUAUUACAGUUCCCAAUGGCAUACUGUAGACUACAAAUACGAAGAGUAUUCAGGAGAUUUUAGACAUCUACCACAGCAUGAAUAUAAACCAGAGAAACUUCCUUCACAUUCUUUUGAAAUUGAUCAUGAAGAUGUUGACAAGGAUGAAGAUACAAUGUCUCACUCAUCUUCGAAAGGCGGUGGAGGAGGAGGAGGAACUGGAGUUUUCAAAUCUGGAUGGCUUUAUAAAGGGAAUUUUAACAGCACAGUAAAUAAUAGCAUAACAGUUCGGUCGUUCAAAAAGCGCUAUUUUCAACUGACACAAUUGUCGGACCACUCAUACAUAAUGAACUUUUAUAAAGAUGAAAAGAUCUCAAAAGAGCCCAAAGGCUGCAUCUUUUUGGAUUCCUGUACAGGGGUGGUACAGAAUAAUAGGCUUCGGAAACAUGCCUUUGAGCUGAAAAUGAAUGACUUGACAUACUUUGUGCUGGCAGCUGAAAAUGAGCAAGAUAUGGAUGAAUGGAUUUUUACUCUCAACAAAAUCCUUCAGAUAAAUCCAGAAGGGUCCAUCCAAGAGAGGAAAAGUGCUGACAUCAGUGAUAUUAGGUUUGAUUCUGAAGACAUUUUCAUGAAUUAUGACUGCCCUGAAGAGGAAAAUGGUUCUUCAGAGAAUAAUUUGCAUCCAGAUAUUGCUAAAUACCUCACAGAAACAGAAAAAAGUGUUCAAGAAUGUCGGAAUGUAGAUCGGCUAAACCUUUUUUCUUUAGACCCUGACAUUGCUAGCUUGAACACUCAAAGAAAGGAGUUCACAGAAAUGGAUCAAUUGCUCAAACCUUUUGAAGAAAAAGAGACAAAGCAAAUCAUGAUAACGUGCAAAUCCCUUAGUCUCAACCUUCAAGCUUGUGUUUCUGAUAAUGAAAAUGAUCCAGUCACCAAUAUUGAGCCCUUUUUUGUGAGUGUGGCUCUUUUUGACUUAAGGGACAACCGAAAGCUCUCUGCUGAUUUCCAUGUAGACCUGAAUCAUAUUAUUGUUAGACAUAUGAUAUCAUCCUCAUCAGAAAAUGGAACUGUUGAAACAACUGGCAACAAAGAUGAAGAACCUCAGGUUAAAGGAUUCCCAGAAGAGUGGCUGAAGCAUCCCAAACAGGGAAUUUUCUCCAUUAGUAACCCCCAUUCUGAAAUUGUUUUGGUGGCAAAAAUUGAAAAGGUCCUCAUGGGAAAUAUAGCUACCAGUGCAGAACCUUAUAUAAGAAACCCAGACUCUAACAAGUGGGCCCUGAAAGUAUUAAAAUCCAACAAACAAUUUUGCAACAAGUUGGGAAAAUAUCGGAUGCCCUUUGCUUGGUCUGUACGGCCUGUCUUUAAGGAUAAUCAGGGAAAUAUUGACAGAGAUUCCCGGUUUUCACCUUUGUUCCGACAAGAAAGUAACAAAAUUUCAACAGAUGAUUUAAUUAAACUUAUAAGUGAAUACAGAAGAACUGAAAAAAUUAAUAAAAUUCAGAUCAUCCCUGGAAGUUUAGAAAUUGCUGUUGAUUGGCUACCUUUGGAGCAUUCAAACUCUGUAACAUCAUCUUUUAUACCAAUCAAGCCCUUCAAAAAUGUCAAGGACUAUCAACCAACCGUAGAAGUGGAAGAAUUUGUUCAAGAAUCUACCAAAUAUUCUCAGGCUUAUAAAACAUAUAAAAACCAAAUGUAUAUCUAUCCCAAGCAUCUGAAAUAUGAUAACCAAAAAUGCUUCAACAAGGCACGGAAUAUAACAGUGUGUAUUGAAUUUAAAAACUCAGAUGAAGAAGGAGCCAAGCCAGUGAAGUGUAUCUAUGGGAAGCCUGGUGGACCAUUAUUUACAUCAGCAGCUUAUACAGCUGUGCUACAUCAUUCACAAAACCCUGAUUUCUGCGAUGAGAUAAAAAUUGAACUGCCGACACAACUUCAUAAGAAACAUCAUAUUCUAUUUUCAUUUUAUCAUGUUACCUGUGACAUAAAUGCAAAAGCUAAUACCAAAAAGAAAGAGGCCCUGGAAACCUCAGUGGGAUAUGCUUGGCUGCCUUUGCUAAAAGAUGAUCAACUAAUAUCUCGAGAACAUAACAUACCAGUGGCAACCAUUCUACCUCCCUCUUAUUUAAAUCUUCAGGAUCCUGCAGUUGGGAAGCAGAGUGGAAGUGAUGUUAGAUGGGUGGAUGGAGGAAAGCCCCUCUUCAAAGUGUCACUGUUUAUUGUAUCUACUGUUUACACUCAGGAUCCAUAUCUGAAUAGAUUUUUCCUGCAGUGCCAGAAAAGAAAGAGAGAUUUCUCUCAGCCACCUACCUCAAGUUUUAUCAUCUCCUGUAAGAAUUUACUUAAAAUUGAAAAGAUCCAUGUCGUUGUGAAUUUUCUUCCUGUGAUUCUGAACCAGCUGUUCUGGGUUCUUAUACAAAACAAAGAGGAUGAGGUAACAACUACUGUGACCAGGGUCUUUGCUGAUAUUGUGGCUAAGUUCCAUGAAGAAAAAUUAGAUCACUAUAUUCAAUCAUAUGUAAAGUAUGUAUUCAAAACUAAGACAUUUGAAGAACAGACUGUUCAUGAAGAACUGGCCAAGAAUAUAACUAAUCUGUUGCAAUCAAAUGAUCAAAGGACUGUGAAGCUUGUUCUAAAGCACUCCUGGUUCUUUUUUGCAAUUAUAUUAAAAUCAAUGGCACAGCAUUUGGUUUAUACAAAGAGAGUACAGAUUCCUCGUGCUCAGAGGUUUCCAGAAUCAUACAAAACUAAACUAGAUAAACUUGUAAUGAACAUAUCAGAUCAUGUUAUUUGGAAACACGGAGAAGCUUUUGAAGAGACAAAGAAUGCAAGUCACAGCGUUGGCAGGUUUCUGAAGCGAUGUUUCACAUUCAUGGACCGUGGAUUUGUAUUUAAAUUAAUUAAUAAUUAUAUAAGCAUGUUUGGACCAGGUGAUGACAAGAUUUUAUUCCAGUAUAAAUUUGAUUUUCUUCAAGAAGUAUGUAACUAUGAACACUUCAUUCCUCUCUGCCUACCCAUGAAAUCUGCAAACAUUCCAGAUCCAAUCACACCAUCAGAAGCAACCCAGCAGUUUCGUGCAUCAGAUGUUCCUGAAUAUAUUGUAACAAAUGAAUUUUGCCGGAAGCAUUUUUUAAUUGGAUUACUUCUUCGAGAAGUUGGAUUUGCACUCCAAGAAGACCAGGAUAUCAGACACAUGGCCCUAGCCAUGCUCAAAAAUCUGAUGGCAAAACAUUCCUUUGAUAAUCGAUAUAGAGAUCCGGAGAAGCAGGCAAAAAUAGCAAACUUGUAUAUGCCUCUUUAUGGGAUGCUUUUGGACAAUAUGCCAAGGAUAUAUCUGAAAGAUAUGUUUUUAUUCAGUAUAAAUACAUCUAAUCAGGGAUCUAGAGAUGAUUUGAGCACCACUGUAGGAUUUCAGAGUCAGACAACAAUGAAACAUGCAAAUUCAAUAGAUACUUCUUUCUCCAAAGAUGUUCUUAAUUCAAUUGCAGCUUUUUCAUCAGUAGUUAUUCCUGCAGCAAACCGUACUGACUCCAGAGGUUCCCUAGGAAGUCUUGACUCUAAUCCAAGUACCAAUGAAAAGAACAGUGAAAUAAAUGAAGCCUGUGAGAAGAUUGUAAGGCCAUUGUCUCUGAUUGGAUCAGCUCUUCGUUUUGACAAAUUAGAUCAAGCAGAAACAAGAAGUCUCUUAAUGUGUUUUCUUCAUAUUAUGAAAACAGUUUCAGAAGAUACACUGAUCUCAUACUGGCAGAAGGCACCAUUUACAGAAAUAACAGAUUUUUUCAGCAUUUUAGAGGUUUGCCUUCAGAAUUUCAGAUACUUAGGAAAACGAAAUAUAGUAAGGAAAAUUGCUGCUGUAGUUAAGUUUUCUCAGACCACCCGAAAUAAUGGAACAUUGAAAGGCUCCAGUUCAUCCUGUCAAACCUCUGGGCUUCUUCCACAGUGGGGACAUUCAGCUUCCAGCAGUGAGGUUCACAAGCAUCAUAGAUCUCAAACUUUACCAAUAAUCCGUGGGAAAAAUGCCCUUUCCAAUCAUAAACUCUUACAGAUGAUAGAUAGUACCAUUCCAAGCACUUCUAAUGAAAUAGAUCUUGUGAGUUACGUAGAUACGGAAGCCAACAUUUCAACAGAAGUUUGCCUUUCUAUACUCGAUCUGUUAUGUCUUUUCAUUCAGCAUCAUCAGAGACAACUGCAACAGUCAGAUUGCCAGAAUACAAUGAUGAAGAAAGUCUUUGAUACUUACCUGUUAUUUUUACAAAUCAGUAAUUCUGCAGCAGCUCUCAAGCAUGUAUUUGCUGCUUUGAGAUUGUUUGUGAGUAAGUUUCCAUCAGCAUUCUUCCAAGGUCAAGCUGACUUGUGUGGAUCUUUCUGUUAUGAGAUACUUAAGUGUUGUAAUCACAGAUCACAAUCAACACAGAUGGAAGCCUCUGCUCUGCUUUAUUUUUUCAUGAGAACGAACUUUGAAUUUAAUAAGCAAAAGUCAAUAGUAAGGUCUCAUUUGCAGCUCAUCAAGGCUGUAAGCCAACUGAUUGCAGAUGGAGGGAUUGGAGGUUCUCGAUUUCAGCAUUCUUUGGCAAUUACAAAUAACUUUGCUAAUGGAGACAAACAGAUGAAAAACAGUAACUUCCCAGCAGAAGUGAAAGAUUUGACCAAACGCAUAAGAACAGUUUUAAUGGCUACAGCUCAAAUGAAAGAACAUGAGAAGGAUCCAGAGAUGCUUGUGGACUUACAGUACAGCUUGGCAAAUUCAUAUGCAAGUAACCCUGAAUUACGUAGGACCUGGUUGGAGAGCAUGGCCAAAAUUCAUGCAAGAAAUGGAGACUUAUCUGAGGCUGCUAUGUGCUACAUCCAUAUAGCUGCCCUUAUUGCUGAAUAUCUGAAGAGAAAGGGUUACUGGAAAAUGGAAAAGAUUUGUACCUCUCGUCUGUUCCUGGAAGAUGCUGAACUCUCUGAUAAUAAUAUCUUACUAACAACUCACCCUGGAGGAAGCUUGUUUUCUAUGGGAUGGCCAGCUUUUCUCAAUAUUACACCAAAUAUUAAAGAAGAAGGAGCAAUGAAAGAAGACUCUGGAAUGCAAGAUACACCAUACAAUGAGGACAUCCUUGUGAAACAGCUGGAAUUAUGUGUCGACUAUCUCUGGAAAUGCGAAAGAUACGAACUCAUUGCUGAAGUUAACAAGCCAGUUAUUGCUGUAUUUGAAAAACAAAGAGAUUUCAAAAGGCUGUCUGAAUUGUACUAUGACAUCCAUAGAUCUUAUCUGAAAGUCGCAGAAGUUGUGAAUUCUGAAAAGCGCUUAUUUGGACGAUACUACCGGGUGGCAUUUUAUGGUCAAGGCUUUUUUGAAGAGGAAGAGGGUAAGGAAUAUAUUUACAAAGAGCCCAAAUUAACAGGCCUAUCUGAAAUCUCUCAGCGACUGAUGAAACUUUAUGCAGACAAGUUUGGAACAGACAAUGUAAAGAUAAUCCAAGAUUCCAAUAAGGUUAACCCCAAAGAUUUAGAUCCUAAAUAUGCAUAUAUCCAAGUAACCUAUGUCACGCCCUUCUUUGAAGAGAAAGAAGUUGAAGAACGUAAGACUGACUUUGAAAUGCAUCACAAUAUCAACCACUUUGUGUUUGAAACGCCGUUCACCUUGUCAGGAAAGAAGCACGGGGGUGUAGAAGAACAGUGCAAGAGACGGACAAUUCUGACAACUAGCCAUUUAUUUCCAUACGUGAAAAAAAGAAUACAAGUUAUAAACCAGACCAGUAUAGAACUGAACCCCAUAGAAGUAGCUAUUGAUGAGAUGUCCAAAAAAAUUUCAGAACUCAAACAACUUUGCACAAUGGAUGAGGUAGAUAUGAUUCGACUCCAGCUGAAACUACAAGGAAGCGUCAGUGUCAAGGUAAAUGCAGGACCAAUGGCUUAUGCUCGAGCAUUUCUUGAAGAAACCAAUGCUAAGAAAUACCCAGAUAACCAAGUUAAACUUCUGAAAGAAAUAUUCAGACAAUUUGCAGAAGCAUGUGGACAAGCUCUUGAAGUUAAUGAACGCCUUAUUAAGGAGGAUCAGCUGGAAUAUCAGGAAGAAAUGAAAUCUCAUUACAAGAACAUGCUCAGUGAGCUGUCAGAGGUUAUGAAUGAACAGAUCACUUACAAGGAGGAUUCUGCAAAGCAUCCAGGAGUGGAAACACAUUAUUCCCAUGCAAUCAGUAGAACAAUCACUGCCCCACCUGGAUCACUGCUUUCAUCAAAUGCAGAUAUUUCAUAACUGCCUUUGAUUAUGAACUGGAAAAUUUCGGCGUUAUUUUGCAAAACAAUGUAGGCAAAUUCUGGAGGAUACCAUAACUGUGUUACAUUAUUAUUUUUUAUUUAUUGAACAAU